AUGCAAAUAUUUGUAAAAACGCUAACAGGAAAAACUAUUACUUUAGACGUAGAGUCUAAUGACUCCAUUGAAAAUGUAAAAGCUAAAAUUCAAGACAAAGAAGGAAUACCACCAGAUCAACAGAGAUUGAUUUUUGCUGGUAAACAGCUUGAAGAUGGUAGGACACUUAGUGAUUACAAUAUACAGAAAGAAAGUACUUUACAUCUAGUUUUAAGAUUAAGAGGAGGAAAUAAGAAGAAAAAGGCAUUUAAGACACCGAAAGUAGUUAAACCAGUGGUUGUAAAGGAGAAAAUGGGAUGGCUUAGGAACUUUAGAAUUGGUAGUGAUGGAACUGUACAAGUUAUUGGAAAAAUGUGUGAUGCUUGUGGAGAUGGUUCAUUUAUGGCUAAUAGGAAAUGCUUCUUUAAAUGUGGAAAAUGUGGUACAAUUGAAACGAAACAGGGAUUAACUGCAUAA